GCACUAAGUGGAAAUUUCCCCUAAGCGUGCCCCUCCUACCCGCGUCCAGUAAAAGCCAACAUUGACAAAUUGUCAGUGGCGAGUCGAUGCAGAAUCCGCUACACACUGGAGCGAGAGGCGCGCGAAAUACCUGUCAAGGAAUUAUGAGCGUGGAUCGUCUAUUCGAUGAGCUUGGACACUUCAAAAGGUUCCAGGCAUGUCUGUACUUUGCUGCUGUCUUCCAGGCCAUCGCCUGUGGAAUCCACUACCUGGCCUCUGUGUUCCUUGUGGAGAGGCCAAGCUUUGUCUGCGCUCCGCCCGGUAACGUAACUGACGUCCUGUAUGGGAACUACACAGGUGCUUCCCUGGAGGAGGUGCUACCGUUCUUUAAACCGGCGAACGGGCCCAUGGUGGUGCGGACGGCGGAGGGCAAACAGUGGGAGCUCAGCACCUGCCAGCGAACCCAGCGGAUGAACCCCACAGACUUUACCUACGAGCAGCUCGUCAACAGGACGACAGAGAAGUGUGACAGCAACUACCAUUACGUGUACGACCACAGUGAGGUGUAUCAGAGCAUCGUGACAGACUGGGACCUAGUGUGUGACAGGGAAUGGCUGGCCAAGCUGUGUCAGCCCACUUUUAUGAUGGGUGUGCUGGUCGGAGCGCUGGUGUUCGGGGACAUUGCUGAUAGGGUUGGCAGACGGAGGAUCCUGAUGAUCACCAGCCUGUGCCAGUUUGUGUUUGGUGUAAGCGUGGCAUUUACGGGGAACUACUACCUAUUUAUGUUCAUACGCUUCCUGCUCGCCAUGGUGUCUAGUGGCUACCUUGUGGUGGUGUUUGUGUACGUGACCGAGUUCACCGGCAACAAGGUGCGCACGUGGACCUCCAUGCACGUGCACGCCGCCUUCGCCGUGGGCGUCAUGAUGGUAGCAGUCAUGGGCUACCUGGUGCGGACCUGGCGGAGCUAUCAGAUCCUCCUCUCCACCUGCACCUCCCCCUUCCUCUUCUUCUGCUGGAAGUUCCCAGAGACGCCCUUCUACCUGAUGGCUAAGGGGAGGCUCCAGGAGACCCAGGUCUUGCUGGACUCCAUUGCCCGCUUCAACGGGCUGGAGCCUGGCCGCCUGAAGGCCGAGGACCUCCUGGAACCCGAGGAGGCUCUGCUGGAGAAGGAGGUGGCAGCGGGGGUAGCCCAGCCGGCAGAGCCCGAGAAGAAGCUGAGCAUCCUGGACCUGUUUGGGACAUGGAGGAUGGGGUGGAGGACAGUGACGGUGGGGGCCGUGUGGUUCAUCAGCAGCCUGGGAUACUACGUCUUCUCCCUGGGCUCUGUUAACUUGGGGGGCAACCAGUACAUCAACCUCUUCCUGGCUGGUGCGGUGGAGUUCCCCUCUUACCUGAUUGGCUGUUAUGCGAUGGACCGGGUGGGCAGGAAGAGGACAUGUGCCCCGGCUCUGCUGCUGGCAGGAAUGGCCUGCAUGCUCAUCAUUGUGGUGCCAAACGACAUCGAGGUGUUAGCCAUCUUCCUCAGUAUGACAGGGAAGUUUGCUAUUGCCAUCGCCUUUGGCCUCAUCUACUUGUACACCUGUGAGCUCUACCCAACCAUCAUCAGGUCCCUGGCGGUGGGCAGUGGCAGUAUGAUGUGUCGUGUGGGCAGUGUGGUGGCUCCUUUCUGUGUCUACCUGGCUGACAUUUGGCAAUUCCUACCACAGCUGAUUGUGGGGAUCCUGGCAUUUAUAAUAGGUGUUCUGACCCUGUGGUUACCAGAGACCCUGGGUGAGCCCCUGACCAGCACCAUGGAGGAAGCUGAGGCCCUAGGCAGGAAGAAGAACCCCGAGGAGGACAAGAAAGACCCUGAGGAAGGGAUGGAGAUGAACUUGAACCAGAGCAACUAGCUGGACGUCAAGACUUGAGGGACACACCUCUCCACCAACCAGAGAGAAGGAGUGGUCCAUGAAAACAGAGAGAGGGAGAGACUCUGACUACUGUAAACGGUGCCAAGAAACCAACAAAAACCAACAACAUCUAAAUUAGAACAAGUAGGACUUUUUAUAAUAAAGUGUUUUUUGACAUUUUGUUCUGCAAAGUGACCCAUUUCAGAGCUGGUAUCCUCUGGUUGAGCCAGCCAACUGCAGCUGUUUACAUAGAGACAGAGGGAAGUGAAGUUUAUUCAUCACAUCUUAGACUCCUGAUGAGAGCCACAUGAAAAUGAGCCUCAUGAUCGGCAUUGACGUAAUGUGUGCCUUCCAAUCACAUCAACCAAUGAAUUUACACAUAGCGAGACAAUCUUAAGUGCUGUGUGUGUGCGCUGUGUGUGUGCGCUGUGUGUGUGCGCAAGAGAUCAAGAGAGAGUGUGCAUGUGUGUUUGUGCAUGUGAAAGGUGAUAUUUCACUGACUGAGACUGUGCUGUAGGGCUUAAUUCAAUUCGAUCCGCUUUAGCCAACGGCGGUAUCAGAGGUGGAACUGUGUUAGUGCUGUCAAAUCCACAAGUUGCUCCAGGCAUUAUGGGAGAUACUUUUGAGAAGAUGGGAAGCAACGAGAGCUCUCCUUCAAGGAGUGAAUCGGAGUCAUUUGGGCACUUGCUCAAAAACAUUAGCAAGAAGUACAACACUCAAGUCUUUUUUCCGAUAUGUGUGAUAAUUAACUUCUGUAAUAUUGUAUAGCUUUGGUAUCGUGACAUUACGUACCUGCGAGGAAAAUAGGCACGUUUCUCGGCUCAUACCCUGACUGGGAAGGAAUUUUGUGACGAUUAGCUUAGCAACUGCUUGAAGCAACAACAUUAACGCGAUUGGUCAACAGUAUGCUGGGUAGGGCGUUAUACGUUCCUCCAUUCAUUGACCAAUGGGAUUGCUUUCUCCUCCUUUCUCCAAUAUCUCUGGUAUUAUGCCUAAAGUGGAUAUUGCCACUGGCUGCACAGAGUCACAUUAACAUAAAUCCCAUGCAUCCUUGUUUACAAGUUGGAACAGUGGAAUGUGAGAUGUAAUCUAGCCGACACCCUAGAUUAGGUUGAUACACAUCCUCAUGAUUCUUCCAUUUGAACAUACAUAGCCUACACUUUCUUGUUCGGAACUUAUAACUUGAGUGGGGUGGGUGUGGAUCUCUGACACUUCCAAAACGUCCGCAAUGUGAGUGACUGCUAUCGCCGGUUAAUGCUGACCUGAUUGAAUCUAGGCCUUGGUUUCCUCUAUUCAACCCGAUAAUCAUGUAGUGUAGCUGUUUUUGCUUUAUGUGUUCCAGCCGAUGCUGUUGUUCUGUCAUUUUUAUCUGAAGUCCUUACAAACAGACACACACACACACACAUUUGUUUUACUAUCCUUGUGAGGACUUCUGGUCCCCGCAAGGAUAGUAAAACCAAACGCACACUACCAUGUGUAGAUGCAAUGGCUUCAAUGUGGGCACAAUCAGAAUGUGGAUAAGAUCAGGACAAAGGACGCAUGUUAGCACCAGGUAUAAACGAGGCCCUGUGUGUGUGUGUGUGUGUGUGUGUGUGCACACGUGUGUACUCGUGCAUAUGCUUCUUUGUGCGUGUUGGGAUGCGAUGGAUUACCUAAAAAAAGUAAGGGAUUGAUUCAAUCCGUGGAGCUGAAGAGCCGCACUACAGUGCAACAGAAAUUUAAUGUUCCAGCGUUCGCAUAGACUGCAUUCAUAGUAACUCAAUCGAAAAUUACCUUUCAAUUUCAGUUGCGCUACAGCUCUGAUCUUCAGGCUUACGGAUUGAAUCGUGUGUGCGCAUGUGACCGUGACUGUAAAUUAAGCAAGCUACAUUCUAGUCUCCCGUCCAGAAAUGUAUCAAAUAGACUUCUCUGUGUUGGGAGUAUAGGUGCUGGAUGAAAUGAAGAAAGACAUUGCUGUAAUUUAUACAACAAACAAUGGAUUUUGUUCAUGCUUUUUAAAAAACAUUCGUACUCUUUUAACCUUUUACUGCAGUGGGCUAAAUCAAUGUCGCACAGAGUGUUUUUUGGUAGUCUUAAACAAAUAUACUUUCAAACAAAAGUAUACACCUCACACACGUGGUUGUGGACUUAAUAAAAAGACACCUGUACCAUGUCAGGUACAGAGUUGAAAUGUAUUCCAUUUGGAUUUUGAAUCCCAAUAUUACACUUUAUAUACAUUGCAGAAGACUGAAAUACAACAAAACUGUUUGACAUAGAAACAUCAGAUUUUCAGUGGGUUUCUUUAGAUAAUGUUUAUUAGGGAACAUUCCACCCAUGAGGCCACUAGGGCAUUUGACUGCAGGAAAGGGGUACCAUUAUGUUUUUGACUAACUAUGUGAGGAUGAACCCUAGGAUUGAAAUAUAGGCUACAAAAUAUACAAAGCACAACGUAAUGAAAGCAACUAAUGCAACUUUCAGGUAAUGUUUUCUGAAUCAUUGAAUUGAUCGUUAAUGUGUUUGUUUUUUGUACAGAAGUGUUACAUGUUAGUAUUCUUAUUUUUCAUUUAAAGGAAAUUUAAAAGGAGAUCCAUUCUUGCCUUUCUCCUAAUGAAUGUGUGUAGGUUUUUAGCCUUCUUAAUGUAUGCAUUAAACCUUUAUAAAGUCUGUACUACUGUACAUGAUAAAAACAGAAAGCUCCUUCCCCCAGCACUGUUGCUGCGGUCAUCAAAACAACAUUUUCCACGUUUAACAUCAGCAUUUGGCCUGGGACAGACAAGAGAUGAAAUAAUCAUCCAAAAGUAUCUAAAAUGAAUUGCGAAGCUCAACAAAGUCACUUAUAGAUUAGUUGAAUAUGAUGUGCAAAAAAAUGCUAAUAUCGGUAAUAUCUCUUGAAUGGGAUUUGUGCCUCAAUUCCUAAAACCUUUGCAUUUGAAACCAGUGCCAGGGAAACUCAACCAAAUCAUGAAUUGCUGUCUAUAGACGGCUUACAGCGUAAGGAAACCAAUGUGUCAUUUUGUAAUUUAGGUGAACUAUCCCUUUAAGGAUCAUGCUGCUGGAAUGUCUACCACUGGACAUUCCAAAACAUUUACAAAGUAUUUAUAAAGCAUAAAUAGUGCUCCCUUUAGAUUAGUGACUGGGAAAGACUACGUCAGUAAAUUGUUUAUAAAUGUGGGAGUAAUUAACCAUUAACACAAUUUAUAAUUUAUUAUUAUAGACCGUUGAAAUAAAGUGUUACUUUCCUGA